GAUACGUCAUUUGAAUCACGUGAUAAGUUGUCAUAAAAAAAGAAGGAAUGGUCGGAAGAAUAGGAAGAAUUUUUUUACUCUAAAAAUUAUAUGAUCUCUGCGCAUCGGUAAAUCGUUCUUUCCACUCCGUGGAUAAAAUGCGAGAAGGAAAUUCCAAGACACGCCGCCGAGUAGCGCUACUGACAUGUCUCUUUUUUUUGCGCCAACUUCGCGCAUUAGGCGAACGCAAAAAAUUCACGCUUUCGCUCAGUUAAACAUACGACAGUCGUGCGCCUGUUCACGAGUUGAAAAGUCUAGUGUUUGUAUAAGUGGAAAGUGUGUCAGUACGGACGGUGCGAGAUUUCGAGCAUGCAGUCGCAUUAGAUCGAAUAUAGUGCGCGCGUGUGGUUCGUGUGUGUGUACAUGUGCCAUCAUCGCCACCAUCCGCAGCAGUGACCGGAAAAGAAGAGGACUCGACGACCCCAGCAGUGGCCGGAACCACCGAAAAAUGGAUGCGAAGUCGCAGCGAGUUAUCUCCGGUUUGCUUUUGUUCGCCCUCGCCACAUUGCAGCUCGGUUAUGCCAGGAAUGACCCCAAUUACUAUGGCACAUUGAUUGGACCUUUACAAGAAUACGCGCAUGGUAUCAAAGGUACAGUGUAUGCCGUUGACGAUGCAACGAUGUUUAUAAAAGGAUUCUCGUACGAUGGCACCGGUCCGGAUGCUUAUUUCUGGGUCGGAAACACCUCUCGGCCCAAUCCCGAUGGUUAUAUCGUACCUUAUCCCGAGUCUGAUAGCAGCAGCGAUCCACGAGUCUUGGAGGCGUACAAUCACACGGACAUUCUUCUAAGGUUACCCGGAGGAAAACGUAUACGAGACAUCAAAUGGCUGAGCGUUUGGUGCAGAAGAUUUACGGUCGAUUUUGGCGACGUCUUUAUACCACCCGAUUUGAAAGUACCGAAAUUACAAGUACUUCCCGAGUUUUCGAGAUUGGCGCACGGUCUUCGCAGCGGUAAUAUCAGUAUUCUCGACAGUAAAACCAUCUAUAUUCCGAAUUUGCAUUACGACGGUGGCGGCCCAGACGCUUACUUCUGGGUGGGCAAUGGCUCGGAACCCAAUCGUUUUGGUAUUAAGGUCCCCAAUGAAGUGGGCAGCUUGGAACCACUGAGAGGAUAUCUAGGGGAGGACAUUGAGAUCGUCUUGCCGGAUAACUUGACAGUAUACGACAUCGACUGGCUUGCGGUGUGGUGCGUUGAAUACAGACACAAUUUCGGCCACGUUUUAAUUCCAAAGGACCUCGAUGUUCCUCCGGCUCUCGGCCAGACGAAAAUUACGCCGCCAUGGUGGUACAAUCCAACGAGCAGUACACCGACGCCCAAGCCAGUGAACAAUUGUAAGGAGAUGCUGGGGGGCCGUGUUCAAGUGACGUGGGAACUGAUGGGCGAGGACGUACAAAUACGGAUCUCGGGCCGCAUCAGGGAGGAUCAGUAUGUAGCGUUCGGGUUGUCGGGUAAGGAUGGCCAGGCCGAGAUGAUCGGCGGCGAUGUCGUCGUGAUCGGGUACGAUAAUAGAACUGGCAAGUUCAUCGCCGAGGAUUACUACAUGUCGGACAUCGCUCAGUGCGACGGCAAGAGGGGCGUGUGUCCGGAUGAGAGGAUCGGGGGAAGGAACGAUGUGAUGUUCGUGCACGGAGAACGAAAGAACGGCAUAACAACUGUUACGUAUACGCGACCGCUGAGGACCAACGAGCCUGUGCAGGACAAGAUGAUUCCGGAAAGGGAAACGAGCGUGAUUGCUGCCAUCGGACCACUGAAUGCACGGGGCGAAGCCAAUGCUCAUGAGAGAUUCGAUAAGACCACUGAGGAUAUUCGUAUCGAUUUUACGUCAAACAAUGUCCACGAGUGUACAAAUUCCCUAUACAAUAUUCCGGACACUCCUGAGAUCGAAUCCUGGAAACCGGCUGUUAUUAAGGAUAAGGAUACUUUCACAGCUAGAAUUGGACCGACUGGUUCGAAAAAAGGAUAUUCGCGAAUAACAGGUACACCUUCUUGGGGCAUUGCAUGGUAUAUCAAUGACUUGUUGAUCCCGGAGAUCACCGUCAAGCGAGGUCAAACUUAUACCUUUAUUGUAGAGGGUGGAAAUGAUACUUCCAAUCCUGCUAAAUAUCAUCCCUUCUACAUAACUGACAGUCCGGAGGGUGGUUUUGGACAGAAAUCUGAAGCGGAACAAAUGGAGCAAAAGGUAUUUGCUGGCGUGAAGUAUGAUUCCACCGGAUAUCCCUUUCCGACUGCAGCAGGCCGUUACUGCGAAUGGGUCCGCACCACGGUGGACAACGCAGAUAACUAUGAGACGUUUGAAAGCUUCUUUAAAACGCUCGAACUCAAGUGCGAGAAGGGUGAACCUGCCAAGCUCAUAUGGACAGUAGAAAAGGAUACACCGGAUUUAGUUUAUUAUCAGUGUUAUACGCACAAUCAUUUGGGCUGGAAGAUCAAUGUGGUUAGCUCAGCCCUGUCGCAGGGAAAUAUUAACAGCAUCAAUCAAGUUUUGUCCGGGUUUACAACGUUUGUAACAUCUAUCAUCGCAUUCCUUUUAUUCUCGAGAUGAAUUGUUAGGGUUUCUUCUUUUUACGCGGAACAAGUGAUGGAAGACGAAGAUAAUGAAAGAUGGUCGAUUUAAGAUCACGAAAAUUAUACACACGAUUAUUAAAUCGACGAAACACAUACAAGGUUGUAAGAAAGUAUUUAGCAUGUAAGAGAUUUACUUUUAAGAUAAAAGAUUAGCAAAAUAUUUUUAAGACCUAUCAGAUUCAAAAUAUUUCAUAUUAUAUGAUAUAUAUUAUAUAUAAUAUAUACAUAUACAUAUACAAACACACACACACACACACACACACACACACACACACACACACACACACACACACACACACACACACACACACACACACACACACACACACACACACACACACACACACACACACACGCAUACAUGUAUGCAGACAUGUACACAGAGACGCUAAAUUUCAAUAUUCUUUAACAAUAUAAAAUCGAACUGAGACAAUAAUGAUGAAUUGGGUAAUCAAUGAGAUUCUGACAAUAAUUGUGAUCAGAUCUGAUUAAUCAAUGAUAUAUUCUGACAAUAAUUACGAUCAGGACUGGAUAACCGAAGAAAUUCUGACAAUAACGAACGGGCGUUUAUUAUUAGGAGAAGGAUAAAUGAUAUCCAGGGUUGAGCUGAUUAGUAUAUAUGAUUACAUCUACAUAUAAAAUUUGAUGCAGGAAAGAUGAAAGCAUCAACAGUACAUGUACAAUGUAAAUUUUGCACAAAGCUAUAGUUGAUCUUAAUGUAACUUUAAAUCGACAAUAGUAUGUAAGAAGUACAUUUAUAAAUGCUGUCGACUUGACAAUAAUACGUAGCAUAGUCAAUGGGAGAGGAUCGCUAACGAAAUGUGAAUUAUGUACAAGAAAGUAAAGCAAAAAAGUAAUAUUUAAGGGUGAUGCAGGUUACAAACUAUCCCCUAUACGUGUAACAAUGCUAUAAUAUGUAUAUACUAUAUAGAGUGUGGACCUUCCUAAAACGGAAUGAAAGUAUAAAAUGUGCCUUGGGUACAGAUAAAUAAAUGUCUCUUUACAAGGAUUAGGACCCACUCGGCAAAGGGACACCGUGCAGUACUUUGGAACUGGUCUCUUGUGCGUGAAGCGUAUAGCAUAUAGGUAAAAAGCUAUAGUUUAUAUUAUAUUUUUAGAAAAUAUUAUAGAAGAAACUCCGUUUUUCAAAACUGUUUCUUCAAAUAUUCAAUACGAUUUUAAUUAAACAGUUAUUUAUAGAGUGACAUAAUUAUAAUUGCACAUUUGUAUGUGGAAUUAAAAAAUAAUUUUCCGCAAAUUAUAUAAAUUAUAUAAAAGUUGCGUGCGCGUAUAAAAUUGUUAAUAAAGAAAAACGGUCUGUGGCAAAUCUACUUAUAAUCAAUAAUCGCGAAACGUGCAAGGGAUAUAUGCAACCAAGAGAAAUCAGUGGAAUAUAUAAUCAAUUUAGGGUAGUGAAUUUAGUGUAAUGUUUCUCGCGUAAAAAUUUUCAAUAUAUGUCCAGCUCCUAAGUGCCGAGGUGUCCACAAAAUUUACAGCAGAAAAUUAUUUGCUUACACAAAGACCAGUCUAUUUAAUUACAUGCGCAUACAUAUAUAUAUAUAUAUAUAUAUAUAUAUAUAUAUAUAUAUAUACAUACAUAUAUACACAAGUAUCAUACACAUACAGAACAGAAAACUCUGAAACUUAGAUUAUCUAUAGCUUUACGAAGGGUGAGACGUAAAAAAUGUUAAGAUCAUUAAGUAGGGCCUCGUACUAAUUACUGUGUACGUAAAUAAAUGACAAUAAUAAUACACACUUAAUCUCGAUGUUUGUGUCGCUGAAUUUUCAAUAUGACAAUAUUUGAGAGCAAUCUUUGAAAGAUCAAUAACGAAAUAUCUUUGCUCGAAAUGUAGAUUAUCGCUAUAUUUUUCAUUCUUUUGUUUUCUUUUUCUAAAAAAUCCUUUGAAAGUAACAGAUUCUAGUUUGUAAGCGGAUAAAACUCCUACUUCUGUGAAUGACAAUAAUAAAAUAUCAACUUGCAGGAUUUUCAAUAUUGAAGCGGGCUGCUCCCAGAAAUGGCUGUGUGUUUUACUUUUUUUGAUCAUUAUAUAUUUAAAGCUCGAAAAUUUACAUAACGAAUUAAACAUGUACGGAUCAAUCAUUCGAUUCUAUAAAUGUACGAAACAAAAUAUAAACCGUGUACUAUAUUCUGCAAUAAAGAAUAAGUCGUAAGUCACAUAGGUGAAGUGUUCCAUAUUCGCAUAAUACAUGUACAGAUAAUAUAUAGAGACAAUAACAUACAUACAAUAUAUAAAUAAAUAUAUCAUUCGUAGAAACUGUAGGUACAAAUAAAAUUUUAUUAUAAUUUCAACAAUGAAUAAAGUUAAGCUGAAACAUUUAAUAAGCUUUACCUCAAGUAUAAGUACAAAUAUUUGAUUCUUUUCUCAAAAGUUUUCUUGUGUUUUUUUUUAGAACGUUACUUGUUUAAAUUUUGUUUUAAAAAAUUACAUUUAACAAAAAAAGAAAAAAUUUAUUUCUAAAAUACAGACAAAAAGUUAAUAAUUUUUAUGUACAUCUUUUAAAGUCGAAUUUUAUUUGCUUGUUCGAGAAUUUUAUUUGUUCUCCCAAUGAUGAUGUUUAGCAUUCAAUUUAUGUCAUUUUUUCUCAUUCCCAUUUUUCCAGGAGCAGCCCGAUAACGUCCCAAGUUGUUAGUUCAUAAGUGACAAAUAAUAGCUUAGAUCCUAAGAAAACUUUUCAACUAUAUUACUGUACAUUAAUACGUAUAAAAAGGAGAUAAAGGAAAUGUAUUUACGAGAGCAUUUUCUGGAGACUAAAUUGAAAAUAGUCAUCCGGCAUGGCAUGCGAGCGGCUAUAUCGUCAAUGUUGUACAGUUUCAAACGUGAUUUCGAAUUGUAAUAGCGGUAACAUUUAGCAUGUAAUGUUCUUACAGUUUUAGUCUUAUCUUUAAAUUAACAUAUACUAAAACGGUCUAUUUAUAAGCUUCCAUCCAUGCACGAUUACUAUAUGUAUAAGGUACGUGCAGAGCGACAAAAGUGUGCAAUGGGAUAGAAUGCAACUUAAAAUGUAUCUCACAUUAUCACGUAUGGAUUAUUGAAUGUUUAUGCAAUUUUCCAUAAGUAACGGAAUUCCGACAAGAAUUAAAUAUAUAAUCGCAUUAAUAGGCAGAUUUUACAAAACAGUUUCGAAAUGACAUCUUUAGCAUAUUUUCCGUUAUAUUUCAAAUUUAUGCCCUUUUUUUUAGAUUUUAUACUUUCGCUUUUUGAAACAUUUUAAGCAAUAUUAUUCAAGUAUACUACAAUUAUUUUAUGAUAAUAUCGAUUUAUUUUUAACACAAACACUAAUACUUAAACUAGGAAUUAUAUUAUUAAUUAUAUAUAUAAGUUCUAUUAUUAAUAUGAAUCAGUUAUUAAUGAUUGGUAUUGGUAAUUAAUAUGUAUUUUAUAGUUAUAUUGCCAUUCACUCGUAAAAUAUUUUAACGUUUAACGAAAUUAACGCGAUAUUGCAGAAAUUUCUUAUGCAUUUUCGUUUUAUUUUUUUUCUUAUUACUUAUGCAUUUCAAAAUUAAACACAACUUUGCGUAUACUUGCGCAGAUUAAUAAUUUCGACAAUAUAUUAUAAAAACAAUUGUUUAAAUACGAAUGGUCUUGUAAUUCCUCGGUAAAAACGAAUAAUUAUAGUUAUAAGAGAUCGAGGAUAAUUAUUUUAAACUUUGCAUUUAAGCAAAAAUUGAGAAGCAUUGUUAAUAUGUAUGGAAUAAGAAAAAGAUGAAUCAUAUUACGCUCAAUAUCUUUGCAAAUAUUGCGUUUCAUAAAAGAUUUUUUUUUGUGGUGUGCAAUGUGUAAAGUAUGGCAAUUUUGGGACGAUUGCAACAACAUAAGCGAUACUUAUUUUUUUCUUUAUAUCUCUAUGUUGUACAUACAUAGCUACAUCUAGAAGAAAAUGCGAGAUAUCAUUAGGCCGAGUUAGUUAACGAAAAGAGAAGAAUCAAAAAGGAAAAAUUUAUUAAACUAUGAUUUUUCAAUCUCCGAGAAAAAUAAAUAAUUGUGGACUUCAUAAUUUAAAGAUGUUAAAACAAAUCUUGAAAUAUUUUUUUAUGAUUUUAAAAAAUUAGAUCUCCAAUUUACGACAAAAAGUAAUACUUUCCGUUUAGUUAAUUCUUUACAGCGCUAUCAAUUAAGAUUUUUCAAAUUUAGGUACUUUAUAUAGCUGAUAAUUCUAUUAGUUUUCUUAGUUUCUUAUUGUCUUAUUGUCUCAUUGUCUCUUUCAGUAAAUUCAAGUUUUGUCAAUAGAUAAAAAAAAAUUGACAGUUUAGUAACGCUAACGGAUGUUGAUAUUGAUAUUCGAUUCUCGGAAUGAAUCAAAGAGAAUUAUUCUUACGAGAAUCAAUGAUUUUAUUGGAAAAAAUCUGAUAAGGCGGAUAAUGGUUAUCUCGAAAAGCACCUUUUAUGUACAUAUAUCAUUACACGCAAGAAAUGCAUCUAUUAAUAUUGUAGGGCGUUUCAUGAUUAGAUUGGAAUCGGUAAACAAGAUUGAUCGUCUCACACGACUUGUCGCCGCGCCAGUCGAAUUGUAUCUGAAAAACAUUUAAAUUGUCAACCUUUUGUUUCUCUUCAACGUUUAUGUGUUAGGCUAGCUUGUAACUAACAAUUAACUUUCACACUUAAUCGUCUAAUCGUUAUUCCCUCUAUUCGAGGAGACAGGACACUCCCGUCUCGAAUAAAUACAUGAUUCGUUAAUACGCGUGCAAAAUUACUCGCGCCGAUCUCCCGAUGCGCAUCAAGUUGUAUUAGGGACGAAUUUAAAUUCGAAAUUGUGCAAAUAAUUAUGGAAGCGAACAUUUGCACGUGACACUUCUUUUAUGGAAAUAAACGUCAGGAUAACUGUUACGUAGCAUCGCGCUGAAAGAUGAAAAAUAAUAAUCUCGUCGACUGACAUUAUUAGAUAAGUCCAUUUAAUCAAUUUCGUAAAUAUAGAAACAACAAACAUAUGACUAAAAAAUGUCGGAAAAUCCAACAAAAUUAUUUAAACAUGCUUGAGCAUUUUUUGUUAGCCAUUUUUUAGACUUAUACUCACAGUAUAGAGCUUCGCAACUCUUUAAGAUUUUGUAUCUUCCAGCGCGGACACAUACGUGAUAUUGAAUACUUUUUUGUCUCUUCAGGCAACGGUCUCUCCGUUUGAUGUAUUAAUCCAUAAUGCUUUUUUCUCAUCUAUAUAUAUAUAUAUAUAUUAGAGAAAGUUAUUCUAAAUAAUAUCUAUAUCUGUUUAUUCAUUCCCUUUGAGAGUUAACUCGUCUAGAAGGUAUUAAGAUAUCGAAGCGCACGAUUUUCCCUCGUGUUGCGAGCAACCACGUAAAAUAAUCACUUAAUAAGUCAAUCCUUACCGUUUAAAUCGUAAUUUGACAUAUCUUAUAAGAUAAAAGAAAAAGUAUUGUCGUGGAGUAUUACGUGAACGCUGUAAAAUUUUCGGUCAUAAUUUAAAUAGGAGAUACUCUGUCGAAAAUGUUAAUUUUCUUUAUAUAGUCUAUAUGUAACAUACUGUUUCGUAAAUAUCUCGGUUGAUUUAUUAGCGUUAUUUGAAAGGCGCAUGCUUGUGAUGUGCAAAAUUACGUUAAACGUUUGAAGGAAGAUAAAUUCUUUUUUCAAAAAGAAUAUUGCUCUCGCCGACAAAAGAAAUGCACAUCGUUCUCUUUGACAAUAGAAUAAAUUAUUUAAUGAACCGUUCAAUUAACGACUUUUUGAUAUACAAUAUUCAUUUAUAUGAAAUGUAAUUUCUUAUUUCAGAAUAUUAUUCUUGUAUUCUUGUAUUGAUGUUAAUUCGUUGUCGUGCGUGAAUUUCUAUAUUCGAUGAUAUUGUGUAAUUUGAUCAGGAUACAAAUAAGUGUAUUAGAAGUGUCUAUCAACUGUCAUCGAGUUCUAAGUAUCGCUGCGAAAUGUAUCUCAGGAUGUUUCUGCUCUUUUUUCAUGAGUUUUGUCACGUUUCAUACAUUAAUCUUAAUGGCUUUGAUAGAGCUAUAUUUAUUAAUAUUAUUGGGUAAAUGGAACAUAUAUAAGUAAUCACGAAGUAUAUGAUAUAUUAUGAUUAUGAAUUAUUGAACAUUAUAUCAAAUUUUAUAUUCACUUCUUGUGGUUGACAAUAAACUGGUUUUAUAAAAAAGAAAAA